AUGCUUGGAAUACGCCGAAUUCGCACUUCACCAUACCAUCCUUCCGCCAACGGUUUAGUGGAACGCUUACAUCGCGACCUGAAAGCAGCCCUGAAGUGCCGUAAUGACACCCGUUGGACUACUUCACUUCCUCUUGUGCUUCUUGGUUUGCGUUCUUAUUUCAAGCAAGACCUCGCAGGUACAUCCGCUGAACUUGUCUACGGCACACCCCUUCAAUUACCAUCUGAAUUCUUUCAGCCAUCCUCUGCUCCAGUCGAUCCAGCAUCUUUUGUCCAGACUUUCCGAGAGAAGAAGCUGUCUCCGACUUCUACUUCGUGCCACAACAAAUCUGCCCCUUUCGUGCACAACGCACUGAACACUUGCACUCACGUGUUUGUGCGAAACGAUGCGGUCAAACCACCACUCACUCCUCCAUACGAUGGAACCUUCAAGGUCUGUGCACGUAACAAUAAGCAUUUCACCGUUCUCGUGCGCGACAAGGAAACCGUUCUGAGCAUAGAUCGUCUGAAGCCUGCUUUCUUCGAAGCUUCAAACACUCAGGUUCUUGUCACCAGCGAUCCUCCUGACUCCCGUUGUUUCAUUCCUGCUCAUCCAACUGCUACUCCGGAUACUCCUCCUUCGACCGACCUUACGCUUCCUCCCAAUGCUCCACCAGUCGUCACACGAUCAGGAAGACGUGUGCGCUUCAACACCAGAUAUUUGUGA